CUUAACAACGAUAUCUCCACAGCACAGCAGUUUCCACCUUGAAUACAUCAUCGUGUAUGUUGUAUUGCCUUGAGAAGCCUCUGGUAUAACCAACAAGCAUAAAGAUCACACGAAGGCGGUUAAGUCUGGAAGAAGAUAUGUCCGAGAAGGACCCUAAAUCAUCCCAGGACCUGACUGUUGUGGUACAGGCCUUACUGCAGCAGAUGCAGGACAAGUUCCAGACCAUGUCAGACCAGAUUAUUGGGAGAAUUGAUGAGAUGAGUACGCGAAUCGAUGACCUGGAAAAGAACAUCUCUGACCUCAUGACUCAGGCAGGUGUGGAUGAGAUUGAGGAGGAGAUCAAAGUCAGUGAGACCUCUGGAACUGCUUAAAGUCAAUGGCCAACACCAUCUUAACUGCCAAGGAACACAUUGAGGACCUUGAAUUGCAGUAUCACAUUUUUUAAACAAAACAUCAAUCUUUUAAUCUUUAACAUAAUCUUUUUAUAUUUAAUUAGAGGAAGAUUUCUCUCAAAAUAAAAAAAUAUGUUAAUAUUUUCUCACCCUCAUGUCAUUCUAAACCUGUAUGCUGAUUAUUUUUAUGUGGAAUACAACAAGAGUCUUUGAAGAAUCUUCAUGUAGCUCUUUUCUGUACACACAAUUCAUAGAGACCAUGUCUGUCAAAACACCAUAAAGGCACUAUAAAUGUAGUGCAUACAACUCAUUCACUAUAUUCCAAGUCUUCUGCCAUACGAUAACUUUGAGUGAGGAACAGGCAUAAAUUUAAAUUAUUGACAGGAAAUGUUCCCCUCUGCCAAAUCUCUAAAAUGUUAUUUUAUUAUUUUUUCUUUUCUUUUCUUUUCAUUUUUUGGUUUCUUUUCUUUUUUUUUUUUUUUUUGGUACAUUUUCAUUUAUAAAUUUUGUUUUAGUACAUUGACAGACUUGGUCACUAUGAACCGUUAGUUAGAAAUUAGCCGCAUGAAGAUUCUUAUAAAAUUCAGCUUUUUUGUUCCAAGGUUUGGAACAUGAGGGUGAGUAAAUACUGACAGAAUUUGUUAUAUUAGGGUGAACUUAUCCUUUAAGUAAAAAUGGUGCUUGCCUAUGUGGUCUACUGUAAGUGUACAGACUUUAUUACAUAUUGGAAACAACUGUCUUCAUGAACAGAAUAUCAAGAUAUUAAAAUGUUUUUGUAUUUAUUCAUUGUAAUGAAAGUCUGGUAAAACCUUGUGGUUCCUUCUUGUUUUGCUGAGUAUUAAAGCGAUUAAAGCUUUAUGAUCAUUAAGCCAGAAAAGAUCAUCUGUUUUAAUUCAUUUACUGAUCUAUUUAUCUUGCAUACAAUUUAUAUAUAUAUAUAUAUAAGAAAUUGUCUAGUUUAUGAAAAGAGCCAGAAGCGUUAUCAAAAUGCCCAUUACGAUGUUCCUCUUAUUCUGGAGAAUAACACAUUACCCAAGCUGACACUGUGUCGAUACAGGGACAAUGGCAGCAGUAAAACUAAUGAGACCAGUGAUGCUUGUUUGAAUUCCAAAAUCAGCAUCAAGUUCAGCAAAAAGAAUGGCAUAGACAAGAGCAACACUGGCUUCAAUUAUGUGGCCAACUCCAGCUCCACCAAGCAAAGGAUACUAUUUAAACGGAAGAAACGUGAACUUCUGAUUACUGAAGCAUAGCUGAAACGUUGUUCUUUCGUAAGGCAAGUUUAACUUAGCUGAGCAUCCUUUAGCAGAGGACAAUAGAUAGGAAUACAUCUCAGCCUAAUUGUUGGUAAAGAUUUCAUAGGAAAUCUCAUCUAGGAGGAGAGACGAUUAGUUAAUUCUGCUUAAAGGGGUCAUGACAUGAGAAACCAAAUUUGCCUUGAUCUUUUGGUAUAUAAGAGGUCUUUGUAUCAUUAAAACGUCCUGCAAGUUUAAUAUUUUAAGACGUUCUCCCCAUUCUAAACGAAUCAUUUAUUUAAUCAAGCUCAAAAUACAGCUCGUUCUGGAUUCAUGGUUAGAAGUGACGUGUCGGUUAGAAGUGACGUACCAGCGUUUGCAUAUGACCGCCUCCAGCACAAGAUAACUACGCUUUAAGCGCAAGACAACUACGCUCAUUUCAGUAUCGCCGUGCGCCUCACAAGUGUUCAGUCGAUGGACAGCGAGCUCUGACAGAGACUACUUGUGCACAGGAAAAUUACGAUGCCACACAGAUGUGCUGUUCCUGGCUGUGGUCAAACAAAACCUCUGAAUAAGCUGCCGAAAGAUCCAGACGUCAGGGAAAAAUGGAUGCAGUUUAUUUUUUGCGGACGUCCCAGACACGGCAGUGUUAACUUAAGCGUUUGUUCUGUACAUUUUAAGGAUGACUAUUUUGAUAACAAAUCUCAAUAUGAUGCUGGCUUUGCCAGAAAACUGUUGCUCAAAGAUAAGUCCGUGCCGACUAUUCUGGGAACAACGACGACACAAACUGUAAGUAAUCUAUUUUAAACUUUAAACUACUUUUUAAAGCGCAAUUUCAUUCAUUAUGAAUAAUCACAGUGUUUUUACUUAGUUUACUUGCAUAUUGUUCUGGCUGGGGGCGUCAAUAAUUGAUACAUAGGCACUGACGUUAGCCAAUCAUAACAGUGGGCGUUAACACUGAAGUCUUAAAUGGAAAACACCCCCAAAACAGACUGUUUGAAUCAGAGGAUGAGAAACAGGGUGGGAAAAGGUCAUAAAUCACUAGAUUUUAAAAGUUUUUCUUAAAAAAAAAUAUAUUAAUACUAUAAUUGCACCUAAGGGAACAUAAUAAUACAAUAAAAAAAACCCAUGUCAUGACCCCUUUAAAGUAUAAACUCUAGGUUUUUAAGUCUAAAUUGUGUUGUUUUUGUAAAAAUGAAAAACUAAUGCUCCGCU